GGUAUUGAUUUCCUUCUCGCAUAAAUUGGUGAUUUUCGGCGACUGGAAUAAGGAAAAUUGCUGUUUGUGAUCCCCAGUAAAGACAGGCAUUAGCAGGGCUUCAAGGAUCAUCAAAUGUUUGUACCUCCAAACGGUUUCACAGGAAGUGUUAUGGAUCUAAAGGGCGAUAACUCACCAGAGGGAUAAUUCUUGUGUUAACCAGUAAGAAGGAUCACAUUUAUCUGUAAAAUGGAUCAAAGCCUGAAACUAAUCUAUUCUGGUCAAGGAGCAAGACCAAAGUCCUCAAUAGACGUGUCCAGAGACGUGUCUAGUGAUGACAGCAACAGUCACAUAUCAGAUGAAUUUAGUCACAGCAAAAAAGUCAAAGUUCAAAACGGAUACGAAAUAUGCCAGGAGGUCAAAGUUCAAAAUGAAGACGAUCAUAAUCACCAGUUAAAGUCUGACAGAGCAAAAGCAAGUUCCAGUAAUGUGGACACAAAUCAUAGUUCAAAAGGUCAGCAUGAUAAGGAUUCCGGGUAUGGAGAUUGGCUUAAUCAUGUCUUAGAGGUCAAAGGUGACAUCAACAAAGGUCAUCAGGUGGCAGAGCCAGAGUGUGCAGAUAUCCUGUGUCAUGAGGUCAAAGGUCGAGUCAUUGACUCGGGGUUUGAAGAUGUUGAUGCCAGUGUUUUUUACUCCAGAAGGAACAACACUGACACUAGCAUGGAAAAUAUUUCUGUUAGUGAUGAAUUUCUUAGAGGAAUCAACACUGUUUGCCAAAAUAAGCAUUUUGAUGACCAUGAGCAAUUUCUUUUGAAGAAAUGGCGUGAAUCAGGCUUAAAACUGUGGAAAAUUCUUCAUGAAAGGGAAGUAUGUAGCAAGAAGCGAAGUAAGAGUCAAGGAAACUCUGAGAAAUCAUCAAAUGAGGAUUCUCACGAGAAAGUAAUUACAUCCCAAUCUUGUAAAAGUAUUCUUGAUUGUAAAAUGUGUAGUUUAGAAGAACUGGCAUACAGACAAGCUAUUGGAUGUACUGCUAAUCAUGUGAGCAAAAAUGCAGAAGAAAACUUGCAUGUGAUUGGUUCAAGUUGGGAUAAAGGACACCCCAUCCCUAUCGGCAGAAAUCCUGAAAUAUCUAAUCACUUCAAAUCAGCUGUUGACAAAGGUGAUGGUUCAAACAACAAUCACACAGACUCGGAGGUAGGAGACUCUGUCAGGUCAGAUCCGCAAGACACGAAAACAUCGUCGUUAACACACAACAGUCCUGUCUUAGAUCCUCGGGAAACAGCUGUAUUAACACUGGAAUCCACUCCUGAAUUUUGGACACUCACUGACAAGGAACAUGUAUUAGAUUCUACUGAAGGAGAAUUAGUAAAGAAAUCUAGGUUCAUGGAGAGAUUUAAUAUUCAAUCAAGCCGAGAACCUGACAACCCUGACGAGUGUUUGUUAGAUCUGUCUGGACAUAAUGCCAUAUUAGAUCUCAGUGACAUAGUAGAAAUAUCAGAUUUAAAGGAAGAAAAAUAUCCACAGCACAAAGAUAAAUCAUCUCCUACAGAUCUCAGUUCGUUUGAUGUAAUUAUGGACAUUCACUCCAAACUCUGGAAAGAUUCGGUACCCACUGAAAGAAAAGCCGUCAGUAAACCUGAUGAUAGCAAACAUUCGCCAGCCAAAUCUUCAGAUAGUUUCCCGCACAUUCCAUUUUUCUGUAGUGGUCCAGACUCUUGUUGUACUGAUCGUGUAUGGCGAGAACCAGGCAUUGACAUCGAGCAAAAAAUUGAGAAACAAGUCCAAAAUCAAAACAGCGACAAACCAAGCCACUCCAACAGUGGUACACCUCAAAAUAUCACUGAUAGCAAGUUUUCUGGGAAAAUUGGAGAUGGAAAACCAGUCGGCAACUCGGUGAGGUUUCACAGUGCAGUUGAGGAAAAUUGGAAGGAACAGGGUGCAAUAAGUCCCCUUCAUAUGCGUAGAUGGUCAAACAUUGUAGGAGGGGAUAAUAUGCACAGCAAGAGAACUCACUCAGAUAACCACCCCCAGUCACAGCUAGACGACGAAGAUAAUUAUAGUGAUAGCUAUGAAGACUCAAUAGAUUUAGAAUUCACGGAUAAUUCUCGACCCAUUGUUCAAAUUUCUCUUCAGGCAGAUAGUAAACCUCCAUCUGCACCUUCAAACAGUCAAUGUAACUUUAAAGACCAUUUGUUAAAGGCACUGGACCAGCACAAGUCUCCCAUAUUUUCAUCGGAUUCAGCCACAACAGACUUGGAUAGAAGCUCCACCAACGACUGGGCUGAUGCUGACUCGAGUGACGCCUACAUUUCCAUCAGCAAUCGGCAUGAACAGAGCAAGAGGAACAGUUGUCCCGAUCCUGGAUACAGUCGUGACUCCUGUAUGUCAAAGUCAUGUGCGAGGUUCUCGCCUAAACGAUACCGUAAGAAAACCCACUCAAGGUCAAGGUCAAUGGAGCAUGAAGUUGUUAUGGACCUCAUUCGAAAUCGGGUCAUAGUAGGACACAGAAUUGACUCAGAUUCAACAGAGGAAUCAUCAGUAGGAGAUGUGAAAACUGCACUUAUAGCUAAAGAUCAGGGUCAUAAAACAGCUUGUAAAGCUCCUACUUUACAGUCAGAAAUUUCUGAGCAUUUCAAUGACCUUGACACAGAUAAUCGUGACCACACCGAGAAUCACACUGUUGAUAGCUGCUCAGAAAGUAGCCAAUCAGCAGACAGUCACUGCUACACCGGGUGUGGGCCAGCCACGGGGAUCCUUGGCCUGCGGUAUGCCAUCCCAUAUCUGUCAGAAAGGUUAAAGAUGAGUCUAGCUAAGCGGAUUGAAUCUGGGAAGUCCCAAGAGCAGAUCUCAGGAAAACAACGAAGUCAGAGUCAAGGGGACAGCUUCAUAGAAGGGAACGAACCUGGAUUCCAAAGUGAUCCGGGAUGUUCGACUCAUACCCUGAAAGUUUUUAAUGACCUUAACCAAUGCGGAGAAUGUAGUUUGAAGACGGUAGAACACAGACUCUUUCGAAAUGUUUCCAACAUGUCCGACACCAAUGCGCUACAGGCUUCAGACAGAGAGGAAGUCAUUGGUAAACUUUGGGGAUUGGAAGACAGCAAGUCUGGGAGCCAACAUUCCAAUCUCUCAAAUAACAUUCCAAAUAAAUUACAAAAUCAAGGGCCAUAUUUCCAAGGUCAAGGUCAUGUUGUGGUUAAAGAUAGAUAUUUGAAGGGCAAAUGUGUUUGUCCUGUCUCCAAUGAUGAAGGUAGCCACGAUGAAAUUUCUCAGACAGAUGAAAGUGAAGGACUUGAAAUAUCUCAUUCCUUUCAGUACAUUGACAUAUCUGAUAAUGACAUGGACACGUUUAGUCAUUCCCAACUACAGACUGACCUUGUGUUGGACCAAGGUUCUCGACCAAGUACCGCUAGUGUAACUUAUGAUGACAUUUGUAAGUCACUACAAUCUCAUAUCAACCUCACAAAUAAAUCACACCCAACUCAACAUGGUUAUGUCCCUUUAGGAGAACUCUCCCAAUCUUUACCACAACCUGGUGAAGUAACUACAUCACAAUUAAAUUCUGUAUCUCACCUAAGUUAUCUCCCAUGUGUGGAGCUCUCCGACUCGAGUCAUCUUCCUUGUAAAAAUGAACUCUCCGAACCUCUAAACCAAAUAAAUUAUCUUCCUUGUGAGGAAAUCUCUGAAUCUCUGAAGCUGAUUGGACAGCAUGAGGAUACAGAGAACUGUAGUUGUGCUGAAACAGGAUUUCUGUCGGCAGAUGGUUUAGACCUUGAGGACGUAGAAGAAUGUCGGACAGAUUUACAAUUCUUGUCCAUUGAACAAGAUACAUCAGAUUGUAGCUCCAUUCGUUCCGAUACUGACAGGAGUAAUCUAAGUGAGGAGGUACCGGUUCAGAGUCUGUUUAGUACCCACAGCGAGUCGGACAGCGGGGAAGCCGACGAUGAGUUUGAAUGCGAGUGUGAACAUUGUCUCCAAUUGAGAACUCGGAAUGACAGCACCCUUCGAAGCCAAGGUCAAGGUCAUGCUCAUCCAAGCAGUAGUGAUCUGUCUGUGGUUGAGGAUGAGGCUCAUGGUCAUCAAAGAUUACCCGAGGGAGAAUUAGAGGAAGGCCUGUACAGGAUCAGUAUCGCUGAGUUGAGUCCCUUGAGUAGCAUUAUGAACAGUCGACGGAAUGAACUGGAGGUCAUGUUUGAGAAUGUGAUUCUACAGAUGUUAGCUGUCCAUCCUGACCUGCUGUCAGAUGCCACGCCCCCACCAGCUGAUCAGUCCAUUAUCGACUCCUUACCAUCACUAACAGUCAACCAGUGUCAUUUAGCCAUCAGUCUGUCUUGUCCUAUAUGUCUGUGUGUAUGUGAAGAAAAAGAAACAUUGAGUUGUCUCCCCUGUCAACACCUCUUCCACCAGCUGUGUAUACAAGCUUGGCUUAUUAAGUGAACAACGACCGGCCGUCUGUUCCACUUCAUUUAGUUUCUCUGAGGAUGUGAAUAAUUUACCGAAUUGCUUGAUGACAUUUCCCCCUAUUUUACUGGACAUUCAGAGUCCUUCAGACACUUGAAAUAUAUAUGUGUAUGACAACCGAAGGAAUAGUGUUCUGCAUUGAUGUAAUAAAUAACUGUCCUAUAUCUUUUUAAUUGAUUGAGAAAACAUUUUCAAAUUUCCAUUGAAUAACGUUUGAAUAAUGUUUGAAUACAAUUUUCAAAUUCUACCUAAUUGAAUUUUCUCGCAGGUUAGAAUAAAAAACAAAUAGAUGUUUUGUUCAUACUCAUUGACAGAACCAUGAUUUGUUUUUUAAGUUUUCUAUUUUCUUUUAUUUGAAUAAGUUUGCCUGUAACCAACAUACAUUGGUAUUGAUAGAAAACGUACUGUGUUAACA